GUAUGUUGUUUUGCGCUGCAUCACUUAUGUGUCAUAAAUACUGCACUGUAGUCGGGUCUAAGAGUUAACCCCACUAAUGAAUGUUGAUAGAAAAUAAUAAACCCGUACUUAUUCCCCUUUUCUUCAAAUGACAAGUGUAUCAGUAAAUGGAACUACCAGAUGUAUUUUAUUCAAAAUCGCAGUAUAUCGAAACUGCUAGUGGCAACAAAGUUAGUCGAAAAUCUGUUCUAUGUGGAAGUCAGAACAUUGUAUUAAAUGGAAAAACCAUCAUUAUGUCUGAUUGUAUCAUAAGAGGUGAUCUGGCCAACAUACGUAUUGGACGCCACUGUGUAAUUGGCCGAAAGGCUGUUAUUCGUCCACCGUUUAAGAAAUUUAGUAAAGGUGUUGCUUUUUUCCCUCUUCAUAUAGGAGACAAUGUUUUCAUUGAAGAGGAUUCUAUUGUCAACGCAGCACAAAUUGGAUCUUAUGUACACAUUGGUAAAAAUUGUGUGAUUGGACGGCGUUGUGUAUUAAAGGAUGCUUGUUCAUUAAGAGACAAUACAGUACUUCCUCCAGAAACAGUUGUACCUCCAUUUAGUAUAUAUGGUGGCUCACCUGGCCGACUGAUUGGGGAGCUACCUGAAUGCACUCCAGAUUUGAUGGUUGAUCUUACUCAUGGAUUUUAUUAUCACUUCGUACCUUCGAAUGAACCUGAAACGGACUCUUGAUUUUUGUUUUUAGUAGAGGGUGUCAUAUUUACCUGCGGUGGAUCUGGGUAUUUUUUCUUAUUUUAACUGGUAUAUGGAAGAAAUAAGGCUUUUUAAAUAGCAUUUUUGUCACCCACAAAAUUCUCAAUCAGUUUCUUUCAAAGUCAUAAAGUCUUACUGUGUUUAAGUUCAGUGCUACGUAAAUUUAAGGCGUCGAUCAUAUAAAAUCUCAGGAACAUAUCACACUGAAGCUAAUUAGUAUCUCACAUUAGUUAUAUUCAGGUUACAUACAAUAAAAUGUUGUAUACUGAUAUUUUAGUUUAUUAGUUUUAAAGUAACCAGUGAUGUUCAUCUAAAGUAGGAAGAUAGAACAACCGUAGAUUUCAACAGAAAUCAUAAAUGUCGUACUACGAAGCCUAAAUCCGAUGAAUAAUUUUUUUGUGGAUUAAAAAGUCUCAGUAUGUAGAUACACUGUACUUUUUUGAAUGCUAUUGUAGAAAUAUAUCUGUCAACUAUUCAUUUAUUAGUGAGAUUGAGUCAGUCAUUUACAAACAACAGUGCCUGCCAUUAAUGCACGUUAACCAGUUACUUAAGCGGACUGGUACGACGAAAUUGGAUUGUUAAGACAAGUGGCCAAGGAAUCUAAAUAAUAGUGGUUGCAAUGAUUGUGGAAAGAAUUUGACACCGAGAAUAUGAUUCCAAAAUUAAUUAGGACGUAAACUGUGGAGUAUCUAUGCCGCUGCAACAGAUUCUGAAGAGCUAUUGGUUAGUUUGUGCAGCAUGUUACUCCGUUUUGACAAAUGUAUUUCCAAACAUAACGAAAUCAGUUGAGAGUUGAAAUAUGUGAUGUAAAGAAAUAAGUUACCAGGGUAAAGGAAGACACCUAAUCUCUCUAAGGUACGAGUUUUGUAAGGCGUAGUGAUACUACUAAGCUGUCCAUGCGAAAGUAGAUGACGCGGGGUUCGAAUGGACAACCCAGUCAUCGAAUACUGAGUGCUCUAAUUAUAAGGUCUCUGUUCUUCAUUUGUGAGUCGUGUAUUUUGGAAAGGUUAUCAGACCAGCUGUGUGAAACUACAUUAAGGUUAAUCAAUUCAACUGAUACCUAGUUUGUCUGUAACAAGCUAUUCAGUCACAUCAUCGCGCAAACAGGUAUGGUAUGAAAUAGAAUCUCACUAUAGGAUUCGGUUUGGGUUUGAGUUUUUUGGUGGUGGAUAGACGCUUAGUGCAAUAAAAAGAGUACAAAAUAAGGGAAGUGGGUGUUGGAAAAGCAUGAACUAUAAUGAAUUUGUGUCGUAAUUUUCUAUCAAAAAUGGAACUGCCAGUAUGUGGUAUCCGUUUAUGCGAUGUUGCGUUGGCAAUGCGAACUUGGACGUAUCCAUCUUACGUUAUGAGCACUAGUUUGCGCCUGUAUAUUGGUGUGUUAACAGCAUGAUUAUGACUGGUAUCCAUCGGCUAGGCAGGAAAUGAAGGUUGUCAAGAGGAACUCGAUGAGUCUGUGAAACGAAAAGGCGACUGGGGUCCGUUAAGAUUCUGUGGUUCCAUAAGACGGCGAAAGGGAAUUCAGUUACUGGUAAUCUUCGAAGUCACACUCAUCAACUACGAUUUCAACCAUAUUUUUAAGUGAUUAGCAACUAAUCCUAGUGUGCAAGUUCAAAGAAUAUGAAGCUGCCUCAUAGGUGUAUGUGAGCUUUCUUCUGGUCGUUAAAUUAGUCUAGGUUGAAACUUUUAGUGCAACAGUUCAAUUUAAUUUGAACCUGAUCAAUUAAAUCGUAGUAGAGAUGGCAGUCAUGUAUUGAUUACGUACCAAGGAGUUUUGACUAAUUGGAACUCUCCUAGGGUUACUGCCAGUUCAAAGCCAGAAGAAAGGAGUACCGUUCGGCGUGGGAUCACCAACACCAUCCCGUAGUAAAAACUGCUAAAAACACUAGUCGGAAAAAUCAUGUAAACUGCCCGGGCAAUUGAAGGGUCUUCAUUUAGAAGAAUUAUGACACAUGGUAGUGGGAGCCAAGACUUCGGUAGUCACGAGGUCGAUGAUCCUUCUAACAACCAGAUCAAUUAACACACAUACAUGGAUUGUCCAGACAACGUGGGCGACCACGAGGGCCAGUUAAGUAGCUGCAGAAAUGAGAAGAAACAACUGGAUGGUGCACGGAGUAUGCGGAACCUAUUUGACCCAAGCUGGACAUAAAAAAUUGGCUUCAGUAGAUGUGUUGUUACACUUUGAUCACCACAAAUAAAAUACUUUGCAUACAUAAAGUUAUACUGAUGUUGUCCAAAUGAAGACGGUAUGCACCUGGAAAUACUGAUAGGAGACUUAAACACCGAAGUUGCAAUGGGCAACACUGACUAUGAAGAUGUCAUGGGAAGACAUGGACUUAGAAAACGAAAAUGGUGAAAGAUUUGCAAAUUUAUAUGCCUUCAACAAAACGACUAUAGGAGGUACUACAUUAUACCACAAACGCGUACACAAAGCUAAAUGGGUCUCACCGGAUAAUACUACAAUGGACCAAAUCAAUUAUAUUUGCAUCAAUAAAAAGUCCAGAACGAUGGAGGAUGCGACGACAGAGAGGAGAGCUGAUGUCUUCAGAUCACCACCUGGUGGUUGUCAAGAUGGAACUGAAGGUAAAGAACCACUAGACAACUGUGGAGACAGCAUCACAAAGGUCUAAUACAACCUUUGUUCGAGAUACAAACUCAGGAACAAGUUCUGAGCGCAAUAAAACCAUAAAGAAGAGGAAACUACUAUGAAGAACAGCUGGAAAGGGAUAAAAAAGCCAAACAACGUACCGGAAGGUUCUGGGCAACAGGCACCACCGUCAUAAGGAAUGGAUCGUUAUCGAAACCCUAGGGAGGAUACAGCAAAGGAAAAGUAAGAAGAUAGGAAUUAACAACAGUCAACUAAGAGCAGAGAAAGCCAGAACACACUCAGAAGCAAACAAGAGAGUGGAGAGAAGCAUUAGAUACGAUAGGCAGAAAUACACAAAAGACGGGGAUGUAGUAAACUGGAGCGACCAGUCAAGAACGAAGGCAAGACAAUCACUGGUAUUCAAGAACAGUAGAGGAGGUCGGCAAAACACUUUGAAGAACUCUCGAACAGACCAGCCUCACUGAACCCACCGGACAUCGAAGUAGCUGAUACAGACUUCCCUUUGAUAUCACUGCACGAACGAUCAAACAGAUCAGCAUGGCCAUCAGACAAAUCAAAAGUGAUAAAGCAUCAGGACCACACAACACACUAGCUAAAUAUACAGAAGUAACUGCAAACGUGCUUCACAUCCUUUUCAGGAAUAUUUGGAAUGGAGAACAAGUGACGAUAUACCGGAAAGAAGAAGGCCUCAUCAAGGCACCAAGAAAAGGAGAUUUGAGCAAGUGUAAGAACUACACAGGCAUCACACUAAUGUUAGUGCUAGUACCAGUAAAAGUUUUCAACAGUGUUCUUGCAAGUUCUAUUUAGAUUUAUUUAUUGUUCUACCCAAUCGUAUCUCAGCUUGACAUAGUGGCCGAGCUCGCAUAUCGUGAUGACCUACGCAAACGUUCGUAUUUACAGGUCCCACCUUCCGAAGCACGUCGCUUGGAGAGCGGUAAGGCUGAAAGCAGCAAACUCAAGGUCUGAGGGCGAAGUCGGACGUACAGGUUUGUAGCGCCAGUAUGGCGUUUCUUUUAGACAAUCAGCAUCUGCAGCGAUGACGUCCCCAAAAACAGCCUGCAGAUAUUUGUCGUUAGCAAUAAGUUCUGAAAAGCAUGAGGCUAACAAGCGGAGUUUGAAAAAGCCAUGUAGGACCGGCCUCAAAUAAUCAUCCCUUGGGUUUUGUGGCCACACUUCUAAGUCGUUAAGCCCACCCGUUGCUCAGCGUUUUUUCGGGUCCCUUGAAAAGAAGUGAUCGUGCACGAUGCGAAAAACCUUGGAAUUAGAACCAUCGAUAUACGUCUGACACCACUUGACUAAAAUCCAUUGUUCUGUAAGUACGUUUGACUACGAAAAGAAAUCUGAAUUUAAAGGAAGCACAAAAUGUGAUCAUGUGUAGUGAAGCCACAGAAGACAAACCCGAGUUAGUCGGAAACCUAUUGCAAAACUCACGAAGCGAGAUGCUUAGAGCAUUUUGCAUUGGAUUAUUUUUUGUGUUUAAAAUAUAUCGUUCUACAGUCUUAAAUUCAUUUCAUCAUCUUUCUCCAUUUUAUUUACCCAGGUUCACCUGCGUUACUGUAUCCACUUACAUUUGCUCUUAAUUUUCCAAUGUCAAGUUUACUAAGUUAAAUUUUAUCCAAUUAGAUUUGUACAUCAUCACCCCAAACAAGUUGCAGACCAUAAACGUGCUUUAAAUGAAAUAAAUCUUAUGUAUAUACACAGUUUGUGGUGCCUAUUACUUAGUCACUAAAGAAAGGAUACUUCAUGUCUGUAAUUUAGUUCUAGUUGUCUACUGAUCUAACAGCUUGGUUAUAACACUAAAACUGAGCUUUGAAGGCAUGGCACACUCCAGCUUAUUGUCAAACCGAGUAAAUAGUACACUGGACUGUACUACCUACCUAAAUUUCAAACAAGAGAAAUAAGCUAGAAAGCAUCCGGACUUUCGGUUUACUGUAAUCUUACCCGUCCUGCGAAUAUCUGCAUGUUUGGAAAUCAUGUCACCACAUUGGUCACGUUACUUGAUCUUAUAUUGUUCUGUAUGUGAAGUAGUAUACCACAUUGGAAUUCCAUUCACUCCACUUUCUGAUGGGAAUUAAGUUGUCUAGUUUAUCUACGGACGUGCAACCAUAAUCUAUGUUAAAGACUCAUCUGUUUUAGCGGACAAUUAGAAUAUGGCUUAAUUUGACGAAAAACAUGAAAGAUUCAUAUCCAUACUUUGUAUUCACUAGAAAUGUCGUGCUAGUUGAGUUUAUUAGUUGUCACAAAGAAACGCAUUUCAGUGUGAAUCGUUUGACAAGUCAGAAAAUAAAUUAAGUGAAUUGUGAUACUGAAUUCUUCAAUGUAUUUAUAGAAAUCACGUACUCGAUAGUGCGUUUAAUUUGUUCGUAAUGUGUGGUGAUAUAUAGAAAUGCUCAUAUGCAAGUUUGUAAAGAAAACCUAUUUGGAUCGAAGUUACCAGAUAAAUGAAACGCUAUAAGCAUCGAAUUUUGAGACUAAAAUUACUGUAACUAAUUCUGAGUUAAUAAUCGGUUUAUUGGGACAUCAGAUUUUGCCUUUAGAAAUCAAGUGAGUCCAAUAGGCUACAGUGCAUCAUUGAGCUUCUUUAGCAUGUGGAAUAAACUGGUCACAGAAAUAAUGUCGCUCGAAACUCCAGUCCUCUAACUAGGUGAGUAUACGUGGAUGCAAUAUUGUUGGGACAGUUUAAUAUUCAUUUAUUUUGAUACAGACAAGAUGUUUUAAUUUUCAUUCAAUGAAUAAGACAAGUGAUCAAUCAACGAGAAAUCCAUAAGACCUAAAACUUUUGAAUAGAGUGCUAACGUUUAUAAUUUGAUAUAUUUUCUUUUCAUGAUUAUGAGUUAUAGUACACUCGUACCAACAAUAAGCUAGUCGUUUAAUCCAAAAUCAUGUGGAAAGAUAAUUGUCAUUUAGUCAGUAACAACGUAGAACUUCGUACGUACGUACAUCAGUUCGAGUUGCCAUACUACAUUAGCACAGAGAUGCAGUUGUCCAUUCAAAUCCCGUAGUGGUAGAGGUAUUAAGAGUAUAAGCAGUAAUCGGAAAGAUUAGGGUUUGGAGAUGUUAUUCAAGGAAUAUAAUCCAGCGAAACAAAUUUGGAAAGAAAAAAAAGGAUAUGAAGAAUUCAGAAGAUUAAAAUUUGGGAGAACACAAAGAGUGGAUGCACUUGUGCCAUUGCAAACGAUUUUGAGCCAUGUCAUUCAGGGUCUCUAACCAUCGGUUGCUAUCGUCUCGCGGUCCCCAACCAGGUAGUCUACACCUACUAACAUGACUCAGUCCACUUGUCAGUGACUUCAUGAACUUGUGCCAUGUUUUGGUCUGGCCACCCCUAGCUUUCUUCCAACCUACUCCUAUACCACUGAACAUCGAGGCAGUCGGUCGUUGGGCAUACGUAAUACGUGUCCCAGCCAUCUCAACUGAUGAAGUUUCACCACUUUAUCAAUUGGUUUGUCAUCCAUAUCUAGCAUCCGUUUCCUGACAACUGCAUUACUUACUCGGUGGUUUCAGGAUAUACGAGCAAUUUUCCGGAGACACCUAUGAUCAAAUACUAGGAACCUAUGGAUAUCCUCUACUCUUACCGGCAUGUUUCGCUGCCACAAAGUAGGACUGAACGAACUGCUGCGCAGUAACACGUCCUUUGGUUGAUAGACGGAUAUCUCGCCUACAUCAUAAAUGACGCAAGUUGGUAAAAGCCAGUCGAGCCUUCUGUAUCCGUGCUGAGAUUUCGUCACACGCCAGACCACAAUAACUGAAGAAAAGUAAAGCGGUCGACAUACUCAACUACUUCACUCCCUAUCAUUAGUUCGGGUGUCGAUGCAACCCAAUCCUGGAACAACAUUUUGCAUUUCGAGGGGGGAGAAUCGCAUGCCGAGCAUGGUUGCAUUAUUGCUUAGAGUGGUCAGAAGACUCUGCAUUUUGUCAGCGUCGUCACCAAAUAGGACUAUUUCAUCGGCAUAUUCCAAGUCAACAAGUGAACCUCCC